AUGAAGCCUGCCACGAGUGGCGCUGCAGUUCCUCCAUCACCAUCGUCAUCGGCUGCAGACAAUAGCGCAGGGAGGAGGCAGCACCGGGCUCCCUCGCCGGCUAGAGCCCAGGAAGGGGCAGCUCCCAGACACCCGGCCAGGUCCAAGUCUCCACUCUCUGCAGGAAGGAGUAAAAGGAGUAAAAGCAUCGGGGUGAGGUCCGCUGACGGAAGGGAGAGGGAGCCCGAGAGCCACGCCGGUGCAGCUGUUCACCCGGAUGGUGCUGAAGCUGAUCUCGUCAAACCAAACAGGGCGGAUGCUGUUGGAAGAGAUCUGAUAGAUUCAGCGCCGUCCCGUCGCUCCACUCUACGUCUGCCCUGCCUCCAAGGUGACUCCAACCAGCGUAAAACCUCGUCUGCCUUUUCGGUGAAAGAGAAAGGGAGGAAACCCGGAGAGGGAGGCAGCCGCAGGGAGAGAAGCGACCCAUCUGCGGGAUGCACAGCGGGCCUCGGGUUGGGUUUGUGGAGAGGAGGAUGCUUACAAGCUGAACUGAUCCACUUCCAUCUGCAGAAGAGACUGAAGAGAAGCGGGGUGAAGAUGCAUAGCAAAGCAGACGGCAACGGUGGAGGAGAGGAGGCCGCUCACGGAGAGCCGGAGCCGGCUGCAGAGGCUACAGAGGCGGGGUCCGUGACACAGCAGCAGGACCAGGCCUUCGAAGACGAGAUGGAGAGACUGCUGGAGGAAAACGAAGAUCUCAAGUGUGAGAUUGAAGAGAUGAGGACCGAGAUGGAUGAGAUGCGAGACACGUUCUACGAAGAAGACACUUGUCAGCUGCAGGAAAUGAGGCGUGAGCUAGAGAGAGCCAACAAGAACUGCCGAAUCCUGCAGUAUCGCUUGAGGAAGGCUGAGAGGAAGAGGCUGCGCUACGCCCAGACCGGGGAGAUCGAUGAGGAGCUGCUCAGGAGUCUGGAGCAGGACCUGAAGGUAGCGAAGGAUGUCUCUGUGAGGCUGCACCACGAGCUGGAGAAGGUAGAGGAGAAACGCUCCAAGACAGAGGACGAGAAUGAAAAGCUGAGACAGAAGCUUAUAGAGGUGGAAGUGACCAAACAAGCUCUGCAAAAUGAACUAGACAAAGCCAAAGAGUCUCAAAAGAGAAGAGGAAGCAAGGACAUCCAAAAGACAGACAAGAAAGCAGCACAGACUCCUACUGAGGAGGACAAUGAGGACCUUAAGUGCCAGUUAGCUUUCAUCAAAGAGGAAGCCGUACUUAUGAGGAAGAAGACGGCCAAGAUUGACAAAGAGAAGGACCGUCUGGAGCAAGAGCUGCAGAAGUACCGCUCCUUCUAUGGCGAGCUGGACAGCACCCAUCCUAAAGGAGAGGCUGGGGGGCCACCCACCACCCGCGAGUCAGAACUGAAGCUGCGGCUCCGUCUGGUGGAGGAAGAGGCCAACAUCUUGGGAAGGAAAAUUGUUGAGUUGGAGGUGGAGAACCGAGGCCUGAGGGCUGAGCUUGACGACCUUCGUGGUGAAGGAGAGGGGGCGGGAAGCUCUGGGUGUGGAGCCAUGGGCGGGCCGGGAGCAGGGCGAGGCCUUGGAGAUGAUCUUACGGAGCUCAGGCAGCAGCUGCAGCUGGUGGAGGAUGAGGCAGAGCUCCUGAGGAGGAACCUAGCUGACGCUGAGGAACAGAACCAGAGGGUGACUGCAGAGCUGAACAAGUUACGGUUCAAAGCUGGCACGCAUGAGGGAGGUGCCAGGCAUGGAGGAGGAGGAGGAGGUUCAGGGAUAGAUGGAGCAAAGGCAGAGGCGCUGCAGGAGGAGCUGAAGACAGCAAGGCUACAGAUUAAUGACCUAAGUGGCAAGGUCAUGCAGCUGCAGUACGAGAACCGCGUGCUCCUCUCCAACAUGCAGCGCUAUGACCUGGCCUCCCACCUUUCUCUGCGACCCAGUCCAAGAGACAGCGAUGCAGAGAGUGACACUGGUGGUGCAACAAGUGGUCGGCGUGAGAGCGACGAGGACUCCACCUCAUCCCGCUUGCUCCCGCCACACCGCAAACGUGAGGGUCCUGUAGGCGGAGAAAGUGACUCAGAUGAGGUCAGAAACAAUAAUGGCAGCAGCCGGUGCCUGACACCUACAAGGGGCCUCUACACUCCCACUGGUCCUGAGGGUGCCGCCUCUUCUGCAUUGGCCCGCUUCCUGCCUGGUGGGCGGUGCACCAUGCGCGAAAGGCAGCAAAUGAUUGACAUACGCGUUGAAGCGGAAAGGCUGGUUCGGACCAUCGACCGGCUGAUUGCAGACACGGCCACCAUCAUCUCAGAGGCAAGGGUCUUCGUGACCAACGGGGACCUAAUGUUCGGGAUAGGAGGGGAGGAGGGUGGAGAGGAGGAUGGGGGCAGGAUCAGGGAACAUGAGCUGCUGUAUCGCAUUAACGCCCAGAUGAAAGCCUUCCGAAAAGAACUACAGGCCUUCAUAGACAAACUUGAAGUGCCACGGCCAGAGGACAGAGAAGCAGAGGAGCCGCUGUCGAUGUUUCAGCCCAUCAUCCUUCUCAUCCUCAUACUUGUGUUGUUCUCAUCCCUCUCUUAUGCCACCAUCUUUAAACUAGUCUUUCUUUUUACCCUUUUUUUUGUUCUGUGA